GCUCCCCCGCCCAGAAUUCCCUCUGCGCCGCCCAGUGCGUCGCUCCGGCCCCAAAACCGAGACCCCGGCAUCGGGCUACGAGGCGCCGGCACCCAAACGAGCCCUCCAAAGGUUGACGAAAUCGUCAAUUCGAACCCUAACCGCGCGCUUCUCGGGCUGCUGCACAGAAAGAACCCGGGCAAGAAAACGUCGAGCCCCGCAGCUCGCACACUCUUGUCGCCAGGAUUCUGACGACUUGUUGCCCAACACGGCCGACACCAGCGCUCUCGCGGCUCGUCCUUCCUUUCCCCUGCCGCCAAUACGGCUCGGUUGUCCCCAGCGGUAGCACCGACUUGACACCGCGUAUACCUGAAGAAGCAUGGCGUCAAAUCGGCCAGCAGCAUUCAACACCCUACGGAUGGGAGAAGUAAUCCGCGAAAAGGUGCAAGAUGGUAUCACCGGCGAGACCCGCGAGAUACAGUAUACCCAGUGCAAGAUUGUCGGCAACGGAUCUUUCGGCGUAGUUUUCCAGACGAAGCUGUCGCCGUCCAACGAAGAUGCGGCCAUCAAGCGGGUCUUACAAGACAAACGCUUUAAGAAUCGCGAGCUGCAAAUCAUGAGGAUCGUGCGCCAUCCCAACAUUGUGCAGCUGAAAGCUUUCUACUACUCCAAUGGCGAACGAAAAGACGAGGUCUACCUCAACCUCGUGCAGGAGUUUGUCCCCGAGACCGUCUACAGGGCCUCGAGAUUCUUCAACAAGAUGAAGACGACCAUGCCCACCCUAGAAGUGAAGCUGUACAUCUACCAGCUUUUCAGGGCCUUGGCGUACAUCCACUCACAAGGAAUCUGCCAUCGCGACAUCAAGCCGCAGAACCUCCUCCUAGACCCAAGCACUGGCGUGCUAAAGCUUUGCGACUUUGGCAGUGCCAAGAUCCUAGUGGAGAACGAGCCGAAUGUUUCGUACAUUUGCUCGCGGUACUAUCGGGCCCCGGAGUUGAUCUUCGGCGCAACCAACUACACGACCAAGAUUGACGUGUGGUCCACCGGGUGCGUCAUGGCCGAGCUCAUGUUGGGCCAGCCGCUUUUCCCCGGGGAGUCUGGCAUCGACCAGCUCGUAGAGAUCAUCAAGGUCCUCGGAACGCCCACGCGGGAACAGAUCCGGACCAUGAACCCGAACUACAUGGAGCACAAGUUCCCGCAAAUCAAGCCUCACCCGUUCAGCAAAGUAUUCCGUAAGGCGGACGCGAAUGCUAUUGACCUCAUCGCGCGGCUGCUCGAGUAUACUCCAACAGAACGCCUGGGCGCCAUUGAAGCCAUGGUGCAUCCGUUCUUCGACGAGCUUCGCGACCCCAGCACGAAGCUGCCGGACUCGCGGCACGGGACGGGCCAGCUCAGGGAUCUUCCGCCCUUGUUCGACUUCUCGCGUCAUGAGCUGUCCAUCGCUCCUCACCUGAACCACCAGCUUGUGCCACCGCACAUGAUCCCGGUCCUCGCGGCGCGUGGGCUCGACAUUGACAACUUCACCCCGAUGAGCAAGCAGGAUAUGAUGGCGAAAUUAGAUUGAGUUGGCACAGGCGUGAACGAAAAGCCGUUCCGUCAGC